GGUUGGAGGCGCGGGGCCGAGAACGGACCACGGACCGGAAGUGACGGGCCGGCCCGGAGCUCAAGCUCCGCCCGGUCCUGGGGGUGGGUACCGUCAUGGCGCACAUCACUAUAAACCAGUAUCUGCAGCAGGUCUAUGAAGCAAUCGACACCAGAGAUGGGGCAUCCUGUGCGGAGCUGGUAUCUUUCAAGCAUCCUCAUGUUGCCAACCCACGGCUUCAGUUGGCUUCUCCAGAAGAGAAGUGUCAACAAGUUUUGGAACCCCCUUAUGAUGAAAUGUUUGCAGCUCAUUUAAGGUGCACUUAUGCAGUGGGGAACCAUGACUUCAUAGAGGCAUACAAAUGCCAGACUGUCAUCGUCCAAUCAUUCCUGCGGGCAUUUCAGGCCCACAAAGAAGAAAACUGGGCUUUGCCUGUUAUGUAUGCAGUAGCACUUGAUCUUCGAAUAUUUGCCAAUAAUGCAGAUCAGCAGUUGGUAAAGAAAGGAAAAAGUAAAGUCGGGGACAUGUUGGAAAAAGCAGCUGAAUUGUUGAUGAGCUGUUUCCGCGUCUGUGCCAGUGACACUCGCGCAGGUAUAGAGGAUUCUAAGAAGUGGGGGAUGCUGUUUCUGGUAAAUCAGUUAUUCAAGAUUUACUUUAAGAUCAACAAACUCCAUUUGUGUAAACCCCUAAUCAGAGCCAUUGACAGCUCAAACCUGAAAGAUGAUUACAGCACUGCACAGAGGGUGACAUACAGGUACUAUGUUGGACGAAAGGCCAUGUUUGAUAGUGACUUUAAGCAAGCCGAGGAGUACCUGUCCUUUGCCUUUGAGCACUGUCACCGUGUAAGCCAGAAGAAAAGGAUGAUUCUGAUAUAUUUACUGCCAGUGAAAAUGCUCUUGUGAGGUCAUAUGCCAACCAUUGAGCUUUUGAAGAAGUAUCAUCUCAUGCAGUUUGCUGAAGUAACCAAAGCUGUAAGUGAAGGCAAUCUCCUUCUGUUGAACGAAGCUCUGAUAAAGCACGAGACCUUUUUUAUUCGCUGUGGUAUCUUUCUUAUCCUUGAAAAGCUGAAGAUCAUCACCUACAGGAAUCUUUUUAAGAAAGUGUACUUGUUACUCAAAACACACCAGUUGUCUCUGGAUGCUUUUCUAGUUGCCUUGAAAUUCAUGCAGGUGGAAGACGUGGACAUUGAUGAAGUCCAGUGUAUUCUGGCCAACCUGAUAUACAUGGGUCACAUUAAAGGCUAUAUAUCACAUCAGCAUCAGAAGCUAGUUGUCAGCAAGCAAAACCCAUUCCCUCCGCUGUCGACAGUGUGUUGAAUGUAUAAACAGUCCUGAGAAGAAGUGUGUUCCUCUAGUUUUUUAUUGUGCUGAUGAAAUCAUUCCUGUGCCGUGAUUUUAUUCUCUGCAACCAGAAUCUCUUUGAGGCUCUUUACCCAGGGAUGCUGAAACUGAACUUGCCACCACACACGGACACCUUGAAAUCUCCGUCAUCACUCAUAACUAAUGUUGACCUCACGGAGCCCUGGAAUUCCCUUUUCAAAUAUUGCAGACCCCUCUCUUGGUUCUGGAGUGUUGGUGAAACGUCUGUGAAGGAGGCUCUGUCUCUCAGGCAGCUAUAGUUUACUUCUCCAUAAGUGUUGUUCAUAAAUGCAUCUUUGUAAGUUUUUAUAUAAGUCUUCUAUAAAAGCAUUCUGAAU